CUGAAGUGGUCGGAACGAUCAUAUCAUGCAUGUUCACAAAUAAACCAUUAAUUUGCCAAGUUCAGGUGUGACAAGCACAAGUCACCUGGGCCUUUCCCAAUCCAACUAAAUCAGUAAAUCUCGACCCAAAUUGACGCCUGUGUUCAUUUAUUAAAUUAUUAUAUUAGGGUACAAUCAAGAGUCAAGACGACUGACGACGUCAUGAUCAUUAUUGUUAAAUCAUUAUAUUUAUAGCAUGAUUAAAAAUGUUCAACUUAAUAGAAUUAAAUACAUAGAUUUAUUAUACAAGUUUGACUCAAUAAAUUUGUUGAGGUACUAGUGCCACCAGCCACCUCCCACCUGCCACCAGGCUACAUAUUUUUGAUAAUCAUAAUGGAGGGCAAAGAACUCACUGUGUUGCCUGCCAUUUUCCAACAAAUGGCAGCUUUCAAUUACAGCAAGGCAAAAGACAUAGCGGAAAAAGAGCGCAGUGCUGUGUGCAGCUCUGCAUCAAUUAUCUCCUUAUGGCCUCAGUUCCUGUCUUGUCUCGCUCAACUUGCUGCUGUGGAGAAACUCUACAUGAAUCUGAGUCUACUGAAUAUUAAGGGCUUCCUCAGAAGGGAGAACAGCUUGCGUGCAUCAUAUGAAGGACUACUGUCUGAUCUCUCUGAGCUGGAAACGGGAGCAUCCAAUACAAUGUCAGCAUCUCUCCACCAGCCUGCAGAUGCAGCAGCAACAGGAGACGAGCCACCGCCCUCUGCUCGGUCUGCUGGAGAUGGACUGCGGGAGCUCAUCUGGAGCCUCAGCGCUGAGUUGCGCUCUUUCAUCACCGCCAGGCUGUGCCUUAUCAAAUUCUACGAGAAAUGCUACAACCACAGUUGCAGCGGCGACAACAACACUCUUGACUAUGGCGACCUGGCCUCCAGCAUCGCUGACAUCUCCUACACCUGCCCUGAUGGCUGCCGUCAACCUCUGCUUGCUGCCCUGCACGCCAACCUCAAGCACGAGUGCGAGGUGCUGCAGAGCGUGCUGCAGGGCCUGUGCAGCAUUCAGCACCACAGCUUCUUGUCCGCAUUGCUGCACUUGGAUGCCGCGCACGACGCGCUCGUCAACUGGCAGAAGCUCAUCACCAGCAAGGAGAGCAAGAAGUACAGCUUUGGGUCGUCUUUGCUGAAGACCCAGACGGUGCCCCCGCUGUUCAGCUGGCUGUGGCAGGUGCGCUCCGCUGCUACAGCCAAGUUCUCCCUGUACUUCUACAACAGCCUUGCGCCGCAGACAACCCUAGGCGAGAUGAAGAACUUGCUUGCCAAGCAGCCCGUCGACUACGUCGCUAAACUUGUGAGCUUCCAGCGUCGAGUUGACGCGACGAGCGUGUGUCUCGUCCUCGAGACCUCAGGUCUACCAGACUACCAGGGCCCAGGCUACCACCUCCGACCCUCCACCCCUCCAGGGGCCUGCCCUCCCCCGCCCACCUCCUACCACGCCUCCGACGACGUCUCCAAACCACACCGAACUUUUGAGAGCAUCUUCUCCAGCCCCGUCACCGCUGCUGGGGGCAACACGGAUAGUGAGUGGUGGACGAGUUUACUGGCCGUGCUGAGCAGAGACGCCGAGCAGCUGCCGCCUGCUAAAGACGAUGUCUGCCAGGUCUACCAUCACCAGAGCGGCUACACGCACUACCUUCGCGCCGUGGAGCCGCUGGUGACGGUGGCCGUGAGCUAUGAUUGCCACCGCGUCGAGCGCGACGGCGUUCCUGUCAGGACCUUCCUGAGCGACCUCUGCCUGCAGCUCAACUUCACGUCGCUCUUCGCCACACUCAAGCCGAGAUAGUCGUCCAUUGCUGCUUCAAGUGAUGAAUAACGGCCGUAGUUUUGUCUUGUAGCAAUGACUUGUGUUUUUCUAUCGUCUUGGUGUGGGAGAGAUCGUUUUCAUAUGUUAAAUGUCCCACAAAAUUCUGGAAGUCAAAUAAUUUUGUUGUAUUUUCUUAUCAGGCUGUAGAAUGUUUUGCAAUUAUACGAGCCAAUGAUUUAUAGAACUCUCCUAACAAUGCUACAUGCUAGCCAGUUCCUAGAUAUAAUACAAAAGCUUUCGUACAUAACAAGUUGGGACAUUACAAGGUAAUGUCCCAGAGUAUUGAAUUCGCGGCUUCUGCACAACAGAAUGUAUGAAUUAAUAUCUCGGAUUUUUGUCUUAGUUACGUAUAGAAUUGAAAUUGUUACGCUGCUAUGAAACCUCAAGUCUUCCGAAGCUUCUCAUACUUGAACAAGACCUGCGACCAUUGAUAUCUCUUAAUAAUCUCCCCGUUUUUUGGACAAUGCAGAGAAAUUCAAGGUUACAAAUUCGUCAUCAAUGUACCGCCACUUCAACCCGUUUCCUAAUUGCGUCCUGGUGGUCAACUAGUGUCAAGGGGUCAACUAGUGUGCCCCAGUGUAGCACCUAAUUCCCAGUGGUUCCCAGGUGAUCAACAUAUCCUAUUUAAGAUGAUUCGUUCAUCUGACCAGAAUAAAUAAUCUUUUCGAUGA